CACCUGAGGCUGAGCCACCAGAACUGGGAGCCUCGUGAGUCCAGGAUUCAGACACCAUGAAGGUCCUCGUUGUGCUCAUGUGCCUCCUCGGCUUAAGCCUCUGCUUACCAGCUCUGAAUGAACGUCCUCGCCUGGCGCGCUCUUCCAGUGGGGAGAAAUAUGGCCGAAGAUAUGUUCCUUACCAGCCAUACCAGCCUUACCAGCCGUACCAGCCAUAUUACCCCAUGCCACCUCCCAGCACCGGAGUGAAUCCAAUGAGCAUUCUGCCACUUCUGCUGCGCCGCUUCUUGACCACCACGACUCCCACCACCACGACCACCACCACGCCAACCACAACAACCACAACAACCACAACAACAGCCAAGCCCGCCGUUCGUUAAGAUGCCCCUCAGUCCGACUCAGCGCCAUCUUGUGUCCGCACAUUUAAACGCCAUCUUCAUGUUGGCUCUUUUUCUUGUCUGUCUCUUCAGCAGCUUAAUAAAAUAAAACUCUUGCUCACGCA